CAGAAGAUAAUAUAGAGAUGUACAUUGAAGUUAUAUAUAAUUUUGAACCAACUCACCAAUCUCUGUUUUUAAUGUCACUUGAAACCCUGGCAUAUAAACGACCGUCGUUAUUCAAGAAACAGAUUCCUAAAUUCCUCGGACGGCCAUACAAUGAAUAUGUCUAUUAUUAUCUAUUUAAAGUUCUUGGUAUUUUAGCGACCAAAUAUGAUCAGAAAGUAGCAGAAAGAAUUCUGAAUUUUUUCUUGAAAUUUUUAAAAGGCAGUGCGUCUUCCUCUAAGAAGGUGACAAUAGUUCUUGAAAUAAGGGGAAUGGUUUUACCACAUAGAAGUUUAAUAGAGAAACAUCGACAAUUUAUAGAGAAACUAAGUAAACAAGGGUCAGACCAAAAUUUCAAGGAUCAAACUAAAGCAAUUAUAGAUUUACUGGAUGGUAGAAGUUUAGAAACAUUAGCUGAUGAUAUUGAUCAACAACAAGAUGAGAUAUGUAAUCUAGAUACACGAGUUACAACUAACGAGAAUAACAUCAACCAAGUUACGGAGGAAGUUGGACGUCACAUCGAGCAGAUUACAGAAAUAAGAUAUGAUGUAGACGACCAGGGAAAUAGAAUAAACCAACUUGGUGAAGUGGUGGACGAAACGGUACAAAAAGUUGAAGAAAUUGACCAAAAGACUUUAAGCCACGCCCCCUACUGGUCAAGGGAUGUUUGUAAACUAUUGAACCCUAAAACAGAAGCUGAUUGGAGAUUAUUAUCUAGUAGAUUAGGUUAUAGUAAUGAUGAUAUUAGAGGUUGGAAUCAACAAACUGAUCCCUGUAUGGUCAUGUUAAAUGAAUGGUAUGCCACUCAUAAAACAAGUGAAGCCACAUUUGGUGUUUUUACAGCUCUACAAGAAAUCAAUCGACUUGAUGCUGCUGUUAUUGUAGAAAAUGCUAUGAAAGCUGCUGAACAAGUUGUUGAACAUGACGAAUUUGAAUAUUCCACCCCACCUCCGAUAUUUCUGAGUUAUCAAUGGGGUCACCAACAAGAGGUCAAACUAUUACGUCAGCAUCUAGAAAUGGCUGGCUAUGAUUGUUGGAUGGAUAUUGGACAAAUGGGAGGAGGUGAUAAACUAUUUGAAAAGAUUGAUCAAGGCAUCCGAGCUGCUAAAGUUAUUAUCAGCUGUACGACCGAAAAAUAUGCCAAAUCACCGAACUGUAAUCGAGAGGUGAAUCUGGCUGUGACUUUAAAGAAAUCAAUCAUACCAUUAAAAUUUGACAGUUGUCCGUGGCCACCAACAGGGUCGAUGGGACCUAUCUUCAGUGAAUAUCUGUUUAGAAUGUUCUACCAAAGAAAGAAAGAAGAAGAGACGAAUGAUGAACGAUUCUGGCCAGUACCCAAGUUUCAGGAAUUGUUGAUGCAGUUGAGUAUGAACGGCGUAGUGCCGGAUGAAUCCAAAGUUCAUAAAAUGUAUAAAAAAUGGUGGAUGCCUUUAGUGGAGGAAAUUAAAAUAGAAAAAUCUAAAACCAAUGACGGAGGAAAAGAUCAAAAUAACGAAAAUAAAUCAACCACAACCGAUAAUGAACAUGUUGAUAAAUCCCCGGAUGUAUUUAUAUCUUAUCAAUGGGGUAAACAAAAGAAUAUUAUGUUGUUGUAUAAAAGAUUAACAGAGUUAGGAUAUCAGUGUUGGAUGGAUAUAUAUCAGAUGGGUGGUGGUGAUUCUCUCUAUGAUAAAAUAGAUCGUGGUAUACGAGGAUGUAAGAUCGUCGUAUCUUGUAUCACAGAAAAAUAUUCACUUUCAGCCAACUGUCGACGAGAAGUUAGUUUAUGCGAUGCGCUAAAACGUCCAAUUAUACCCAUUCUAUUAGAAAAUACCGCGUGGCCACCUAGAGGUCCAAUGAGCAUGGCGUUUACAGAACUCUUAUACAUUGAUUUUCAUUCGGAUCCUGAUGUUCAGGAAAAAUGGUCGGGUCCGAAAUUUGAGGAGUUGAGAUCUAAGAUUCGAGAGAUCCUGCCGUCUGUUGACGAAGGUGUGAAUGAAUCUGAGAAAAAGGUCAAUAAAAACCGAAAAUUAAUUCCAAAAAAUGACAUGCAGUCGGAAACGCAAAAAACCGAUGUUACCAAAACAGUUCCGUCAAGUUUUGUCAAAUCAUCCAAAGCCAGUUCUGUGACAAAACCCGUUCAGACAAGCGUCAAACGUUACACCCCGCCUAAUCAAAAUAACCAUGAUAGAAUCAAACCCGCUGAUAAACAAAUCGAGAACGAGAAUAAAACCAAACCCGCUGAUAAACAAAUCGAGAAUAAAACCAAACCCGUUGAUAAACAAAUCGAGAUCGAAGAUAAAAUCCAAUCUGCUGAUAAAAAAAUCGAGAAAGACGAUAAAACCAAACUUAAAGUACACGACAACAAACCAAGGUUACCGGAACCAAAAGGUGAGCCCCGACAGCAAGUAUCGCCUCCAAAGAAAACAGAAUCAACCAAAGCAGCGCCCGAAACACGCCUAAACCCCACAACCCCCGCAUCGCCGGAACCAAAGAGGACAACAUCUAGAUCUUGUAUUUUGUUAUAAUAAUAUGACCGACAUUUGUUAGCGACGAUUAAAUAUGAUAAAGUUGUUUAAAACUAAGUUUUACAAAUCGUUUUAGGCUGAUUGUUAACAGCAAUGGGCGCUUCUUUAUACGAACUCCAGACCGAUUUUGUGUUUGCAAAAGUAGAAUUGUGAUAUACAGUUGUUUUAGACUGAUUUUUAAAAAGAGCUGGACCCGAGGUCACAAAGCUUUCUCAGACUUAAGUUAAGAAUUUACUCAAAAUUGUUCGCAUUAUAUUAACUAAUAUAAAGCCCUUUAUAAAACUUGUGUUGUUUCAAUGUAUCAAAUACAUCAAUAAGAAACUAUGUGCAAAGUGUUGUGUUUCUGGAACCAAAAUAUUUCUUAUAAGCAGUGAUUGAAAGUUGAGUAAAUUCUCAAUUUAAGUCUAAGAAGGCUUUUUGAACUUGGGGCCUGUUCUCGGUUGUUUUUGUGUUUCCUAGCAACGAUUUAACUGUUAUAUAUAAUGACAUAUUGACUAGAUCUUUUUUUUUUU